AUGGCCGUUCAAGGAGAUGACGAAGUGUGGCGGAGACUUGCCAACGAGAUCGCCCGGGGUGCAGAGUACGACUCCAACGAGCGCCGUCCCUUUUCCCGAUGUCUUCCGGGCACCCGUGUUGAGCUCUUGACGAGGCUGGACGAUUCCUUAGCACAGCAGGAUAACAGGUUCGUUUGGCUCUUCGGAGGGUCAGGCUCGGGCAAAUCCAGUGUCGCCUACUCCACCGCGGACCAUCUUCGCAGCACUGGCCGCUUAGCGACGACUUUUUUCUUCUCGCGCAAGGAUGUCUCCAGAAGCAACACAGAUCGUGUCUUUCUUACGCUGGCGUACCAAAUUGGCCUCCUUCACGAUUGCGCCCGGGAGGCUAUCGUCAAGGCCAUUCGGCGCGACCCUGAUAUACUCUCGCCCCAGAAAUCGCGUCGCGAUCAGUUUGAAAAGCUGGUCGCUGAGCCGCUGAGAGAACUUCAGUUUAUGUGGUCGACAAAUAGGGUAAUGGUCUUUGACGCCGCCGAUGAAGUGGAGAUGAGCUACGGCGAGCAACUCCGAGAUCUGAUCGGCAUGCUGGCCGAGCUUCUCCGCGAUCCCACCAUCCCUAUUUCCAGUAUCCUCUGUACGAGUAGAAUCUCUUCGCACUUGCAGGCCCUCACAAGACACCAAAGCAUUAUCAAUCUCAUGGCACCUCUUUACGUCGAGUCUUUUCAUGCUACUGAGGACAUUAGGCUUUAUCUUCGCCACACCUUCCACGGCAUAUACCAGUUGCGCGACCUCGAAUUCGCACAUUCUCUCCCUUGGCCCGCUGAAGACAUUAUCAACACGCUAGUGAAUCAAAUACAAGGGCAGUUUAUUGUUGCUGCGACGGUCUGUCGACUUGUUCACGACGCACCAGAUCCUACCGACUGCUUGAACGUCGUAUCCAGCAUGUACAGGGGCGUUAUGAACCCGCUCGAUCUGACACUGGGCAGCAUCGACUCAGUCUAUCGCUACAUCAUCAACAGCUGCGAACUUCAGGAUCAGCAACUUGGUGUUGAGUGCCUAGCAGACGUCAUUGCUCUUGCGAGUCCUCUAUCACUAUCCAACAUCUGUAGAUUGUUCGCUGGCGAUGUUCGAAAGCGUGUUGCCCAUUUUUCAGCCAUCAUCUUUAUUCCGUCCAUGGAGUCUUCGAGCUCUGUUCAAAUAUACCACACUUCCCUACGCGACUAUCUCUCAACUAGCUCUCGAUCCAAGAACUUUCAUGUUGAUCCAGCUGAGUCGCAUCGUCGUCUGGCAGGCCUAUGCCUGAAACUCAUGUGGAGAGAGCUGAAGAAAGAUAUGUGCGGGCUGGAGGAUCCAUCCAAACUACAUGUGGAGAUACCCGAUUUCGAGCGCAAACGCGAUGAGGCAAUCUCCGGCGCCUUGCGCUACGCUUGUCUCUAUUGGCCAUAUCACCUGCAAAGAAUGGCCCCUAGCUCCGAGAACCAAGCUCUUGUGGCCCGAUUCUUACAUGAACAGUUGCCCUUCUUUCUAGAAGCUUUAUCUGUGGGUGGUUUCAACGUGGGAUCCCUCCGAUGAACGGGAUAUUAUGACCGAAAUGUUAUAUGAUGCUUGGAGAAUGACUUCGCAGUUCUUCGAACCUAUCAGGGAUUCAGCUCUACAUGUUUACGAGUCUGCACUUCCCAUGUGCCCCAUCAAUACUCGGAUUAGGCGCACGUAUCAGGAAAUUUGCACAGGCGGUCCAGUGGUCGUCAAGCACAACCUCGAUGAUAACUGGGGCAGUGUCUUUUGCACAAUAUUCAGACAUGGCAUCGUCGAUCAGUGCAAAAUCUCUCCCAACGGUAACUUGCUAGCUACAGUAUCUGGGUCUGCCCGUGACGUCCACCUUUGGGACCCCGCCACAGGUCUCUGCGUCGGCUCCUACCCUGAGUAUACAUACGACUGCAUUGAAGAUAUUGCAUUCUCUCACGCCGAGUCAAUAUUGGCAUGCUCUUAUAGCGGAGGUGCAAUGAGCUUAUGGGAGCUCCAUUCGAACAAUACUAUAGGUCUCUCAGAUGGUAUUACUUCGUUUCCUGGGCCCGGAACUCGAAGCAGAUGUGCAUUUUCUCCCAACGACCUCCUUCUCGCACACGGGGUCAAUGACUACUUUGGUGAACCAACCAUCU